AUGCGUAGACUGACAACUUCAACGGUGCGUAGCUCAACCUCGACGGUUGCACGAGCGAGGACGAUGCAUGGCGUGGUGUUUAUGGGCUUCCAUGUCAGCCAGAUUGCAUGUCAGUAUCAUGGAAAAUGGUAUGACUGUUUCGUCUUGAAGGAUCCAACUGGGCUGUCAAAUAUGGUGGGCCGGGGCCGAGUAGCAGUGCAGUGGCUAGUGUCUGCUGGUCCUAAGCUGUGA